AAGUUGUCGAGAGCGGCGGGGAUAUAAUAUACGGGCCAUCGAAUUGGCCCAGUCUCCCAGUGUUCGUGCUGCACUCUGCUAUCCGCUAUCCGUUGCUCGCGUGUUAGACGUAGAUUAUCAUCCGUGAAGGCAGGACACAAGAUCGGCUGUGAUCAUGGACCCGGAAGCAUUUUUGGACGUGGCCAACCAGGUCAUCAAGCUGAAAAUGUUUCCGUUCUUCGACAUCGCUCACAGUCUACUUGCCGCGCUGGCCGUGCGCGAGGACUUGGGCGCGAAUGCACAGGCGUUCUCCCGUAAGCAUCCGCUGGCCUGCUGGCUCUCCACCAUGCUGGUGAUCUUCGCCGGCGGAAUGGUGGCCAACGGGCUCCUGGGCGAGCCAAUUCUGGCGCCGCUUAAGAACACAGGCCAGCUCUUAGUGGGCACCGCAGUGUGGUACGUGGUCUUCUACACGCCUUUCGACAUUGGGUACAAGGUGGCCAAGUUCCUGCCCGUCAAGAUCGUUGCUAGCGCCAUGAAGGAGAUCUAUCGGGCAAAAAAGGUCUACGAUGGCGUGGGACACGCGGCCAAGCUGUAUCCGAAUGCCUGGAUAAUCAUGAUCAUCAUUGGCACCCUGAAGGGCAACGGAGCGGGCUUUACCAAGCUGAUCGAGCGCCUGAUUCGGGGAGCAUGGACACCCACAGCCAUGGAGUUCAUGCAGCCCAGCUUCUACACCAAGGCCUCCCUGCUGGCCUCGAUUAUCUUUGUGCUGGACAAGAAGACCGACUGGAUCUCGGCACCGCAUGCACUCGUCUACUUCGGCAUCGUCAUAUUCCUGGUCUACUUUAAGCUGUCCUCCAUUCUGUUGGGCAUCCACGAUCCCUUCCUGCCGCUGGAGAACCUCUGCUGUGCCAUCUUUUUCGGCGGCAUUUGGGACAGCCUGGCCAAGAUCCUGGGCCGCGGGCAGGCCAAGGACGGUGACAGCAAGGACGUGAAAAAGAACAACUAACUGAAGCCAUUUUGUAGUCAGCCCCCCCAAUAAAAAAAAAGUACUUAAAACGCUGCCAACCAAAGCUAACGACUAAAACGCACACAUAAUAUUAUAAUAUACAAUACAUAGCAUAAACAUAAACAUAAACAUAAACAUAAUCAGAACUAAUGACUUCGAACGAGAGAGACAGAGAGAUCUUCCCAUGUGAUUCGAUUCAGAAGCGCAAGCCAAAGACAUAUUUUUUGUGAGGCGUGAAAAUUACUCUUGAGGCUCAGCAUUUUGGUGGGUGUGCCAGCUGUUCCUCGACUCCGAUUUCACGCCGAGAGUUAGGCCCUCGAAAAUUUGUAUUGUUUAACGAUUGGUAAGAUUUACGAUGACGAGCAGAAACCACAGACUUGAUUAUAUUGCCAUAUUUAAGAGUGUUUAACUUGGCCAAAAUACAGCUUAACUAUAACUGAAAAAAAAACCUGAAGAACGCGCCGAGUUUUGUGACUUUUACUACAAAAGCGACGUGCUCAAACGAACAAAUUGUGUAAAUAUUGAAGUCGUUUCAUUGCAACUCCUUUUUUUUUUUUUGAAUAAAUUUAAGUUUUUGCCGAAGUCCUAUUCGAAAAUUGAAUGAUAGAUCAUUUGCUUUGAGAUUGUGAACACGUAUUCAAGCUGAACUUAAGGCUAUUGUAAGAGGUGUGAAUGUUUAUUGUUUGCAAUAAAAUUAAACUAUGAUUUUGGUUGA